CAUGAACCCAAACCUCAUUUGCAUACAAAGUAAUUAAUAUUUCGACAUACCUGGAACUACCAACCGAAGCAGGCGAGUGUUUUCUUGGUGGAAACGAGCCGUGCCGAGAAUCCGGUUGGCCAUAAUGGGUGCAAGGGAUUUCAGGGGUCUUGGUCGUCUGAAACCUCAAUCUGCGACGUCACCAAGGACGAUAAAAAGAGAUAUUAAGGGCAGCAGCAUGUUAGCCAAGAUGCUGACAUCCACCCCACGCCGUCUUUUCCCGCCAAUGUGCAUGAGGGAAGCCUUUUUUCAAUCCUUCCAAGGCUGGAAGAAAAGGAUUCUUUUUGACGGAAAGGCGGCCCACUGGACCACCUUAGCUUUAUGAGGUACAAUACUUCAACGAGUGUCGGUUAUCGAGACAUCCGGGGGAUAGAUGCCAUCCGUCUAAGGUACCGCAUACAUAAGGGUCCCUACAGAGCACUUGCGAACCCGUCAUGACACGCAUCUCAGCACGCUUUAUCCCUGCUACAUUUUAUAGGUAGUGAACUCUAAUCACAUGUACCCUCCCUCCUCGCUUGGGACGGCAUGAAAUCUUGCACGUCAACGAUCUACCUCAUCACAGCGUUGCAUUUAUGGCCCGAAAACUGGUAAAUAGCAAGCGAGUCCUUUCCUGGAGAGAGUUUAUACAUGUGUGGCAAGCACAUACUUGCCUCUUUACCAACAGCCAACAGCUAACUCGGAUAUCGACGUUUGCUAUCGGUUUUCGUUUGGAGGAAACAACCCAACUCUGAAAAUUACUUUACCUUCUUCCUUUUGGCCAAAGACACACAAAAUGCUAUAUACACAUUCAUUUUCUUGCUUGGCCGUCCCGGCCUUGUUCGCUUGCCAGGCGUGGGCGCAGCAGACAUUUACAAUAGCGGGAGGCCAGGUUUACACUCCGGGGAUAGUAAUAUGGAAUGCGCCUCAACCAGGGACGCCGCUCGGUGGAGAGACCCUACAUGUGUCUCUGGACGUGACGGCCAACGGGAAGCUCAACCUGCCUCCAUACGUCCCCGAGAGCCCGACGCAGAUUCACAAUAUCACCAUGUUCCUCUACAGCAGGGACACGGGCCUGAACCUGACUGUCAACAACGGCAGCGCCGAGAUACCCGGCAGCGAGCGCCUCAUCAUGUCGCAGCAGCCCGGGAGCACCGUCAAGCACAUCAACUGGCCCUGGCCCGAGUGCCUGGUCGGCGACGGCCAGCCGCGCGGAGCUGACGACCGCCGCGGCACCUACAACAUCUCGAUCCGGCAAAACUUUCGCCUCAACGGCCAGGAGCACUACACCAUCUUCGACGUGCCCAUCUCCGUCACGAACCGCAUAGAAGGCGGCGGGCGCCUCAGGCCGUCUUGCGAGAGUCUCAACAACCCACUCCUGAGCGAGAGUGAGGUCAACGCGAGGACUGCAAACGACGUCGGGAUCCUCUUCGCGCCCGGAGACGCCACGCAGGUUCAAUUUAUCCCCAGCAAGGACAAGGACAAGGACCUGCCCGACAAUGGACUCGGGCCUCCUCGAAGGUCUGGUGCUCAGGGGUUGGGGAGCGGAACCGUCAUUGGCUGGGCUGGAUGGGCUUUAUGGACUGCUUGGGUGGGGGUUAUUCUGAGUCUUGUUUUGUAAUAAGAGGCGGGUGUCCUAUUCAUAUAUUAGCUUCUGUACGUGAUACCCCUCUUUCCGUCGAAACAAUCAUGCAAAUGCGACCUAGAACGACGGACUCAAUAAAGACAUUCGGCCAAA